AUGGCGGACGCUUCGUGUAGUGGAGGAACACCCUUCAAGCGUCUUAUCGACCAUCAGGCCCGAGAUGUCAGCCACCAUCAAGACAGACUCAUAGAUCGCGCUGGCCCUCAAGGCCAUUCUUCUUUCAGAUCUACGCCACAACAAAUGCAAGGGGCAGAUGGCUUUGGCGCGUUUAUGGAUGGCCCAUCAACUCUUCCAGGUAUUCCUCAGCAUCAUGCAGCAGGAAGAUUAGCAGCCCAUGCCGCUGUCCUUGAACAAGGACACUCGCCAGCCUUUCACGCUGCACAAGCGCCACAGUUUCGUCAGGGGCAUCAUUCUCCCUCCGUCGACGUCAGCAACUGGGCAGCAGACUUCAACCGCUUCGCAAAUCAGUCACAGCAGCGUCAGCCUCUUCAGAAUGGCUUCGCCCAGCCCGCACCUCAGAUGCAUCAACCAGCUCCCCAGAUGAACUUCCAAGCCGCAUUCGUUCCACCAAACGCGGCUUUCGCCCCUAUAUAUGGCCAGGCCAACGGUGCUUUCAUGAACGGCAAUGCUGCGACGACUCAAGAGGCUGGGUUCGAUGACGAAAUGUCAAAGUGGAUGGCUAACAACGCCGGUGGCGGGAUGGAAGAGGUUGACGCCAUGAUGGACCAGAUGGCUCGUGAGCUGGAACUCAAUGACGCCGCGAUAGCACAGGCUGAAGCUCAAGAAGCCUCGAAACAGGAGACAACCACUGAGCCGACAUUGGAGGCUAACCCUACCAACCUCGCAACGCCAGAUAUUGCCAGCCUUUCUCUUGAGACAGAGGAGCCACUGGUUACAGAGCCUGUUGAGGCGACAAAGACAAAAUCAGAAGUUGCAGAUGCUGCAGAGCGUCUUCUUGAGUCAGUCGAGCAUGAGGAUGGCGAGAAGUGGAAGAAUUCAGUCUUCUUGUCGUUGAUGCGAGAUUUCCGAGAUGGAAAAAAAGACAUCAUCGACAAUGAGAUUCGGGAAACCCCGGACAACGAGGAAGCUGUUGCGAAAGACACUCAGUGA